AUGGUACCGUCGGGGGAAGAUCUGUCGUCGGCCGGGAGAAGGGUGGGGGCGGUCGCUGAGGAUGGGAGAAGGGAGAGGAUCAAGAACAAGGGCGGGCUCAAAAAUCAUAUCCGGAGGAGGCUCGUCUGCUUCUGUGGCGGCGCCGCUGGAGAACACAGGGAAGCGGUAGGAGGCGGCAUCCCCCAGAUGGGCGGCGGUGAAAUUGACAGGGCUCCGACGCACUUGGUUAUCAUGGUCAACGGUAUCAUUGGCAGGUAUCGUCUUUUACUGUUUUAAGAACAUCUGAUUAGAGUAGCUGAAUGUUUCUGAACGAAACACCUGCAAACAGCGCUCAGAAUUGGAGAUUUGCCGAAAAGCAGUUUCUGAAGAGGCUACCCCAAGAUGUCACUGUGCACCGUAAGCCUUCCCUUCGUCACAGUAUUACGUAGCUUCUAGCUCCCUAUGUUAUUAGCUCAGACGGUUUAACUGAACUACGAAUUAGAAAGUAUUUGCCAAAUGUCAUGGCUGAUGGCAAAGAUCUGAAUGACCGGGGAAUCUAGAAGCUCAGUGGGCUCCAUUCUCAAUGAGUAAGGAUCAGACUGAUGACAGCUCAGAAAUGGUUCAUGGCGUCAAGAACUGAAAGUACACUUUUUUUUUCAAUUAUUAGAUAAUUAAUAAGCAGUAUUUACUUGAAAAAUAGUGGAUUGAACCGUCAUCAGGCAUUAUCAGAUUUUUUAUUUAUAUUUUUUCUAGUCGUUAUGAAGGCAGCUUAAAAAGGGGGAGUCCAAUGCAUCCAUCUGCCCUCCCCCCAGCCCGGAUUUUUUCUCCGAUCUCAUAAAAUAUCCCAUUUCCCCUUGUGAACGUUGCUUCUCUGUAUGCCCCUGCAGGUAGCCGAUGUAACGGCAAUUUGUUGACUCUUGAUGGUGUGGAUGUAAUGGGAACGAGACUGGCAGAAGAGGUGCAUUAUAUGGUCCCUGAUUAUAUUCUGACAGUAAUUUGCAGCACAUUGUUGCUCCUUGAUUUAGUACCAAGUGCCCUGCUCCCUCAUCCCACCCAGGAUGCCCGCGGUUUGACUCCGUGGGCAAAGUCAACUGUUUCUGAAAUGAGCUGAACAUCACUACCUGGGUCUUUUCUUUCAGGUGUUGUCAAUCGUUAAGCAAGGGCCGAAGCUUCAAAAGAUAUCAUUUGUAGGGCACUCGCUUGGGGGCCUGAUUGCAAGGUACGCCAUCGCCAAACUCUAUGACCCAGGCCUUCCUGAAAAACCCUCUGAAGAAGAUGGCAGCCAUGAAGAUCCUGACAAGGGCACAAAACGCCUAAAAAAGGGAUCAGAGGGGAAGAUUGCUGGUUUGGAGCCCAUGAAUUUCGUCACAUUUGCAACACCGCAUGUCGGAUCAAGGUGGCACAGACAGGUGAGGCGAGAAAAUUUUCUUAUUCACUUGAAAUAUGUCGGAUCAGAUGAUGGGCAGUCGUGUAUAUCAUGUCACGAACUUCUUGGUGUUAUAAUAUUCUUGCCUUGUCUUGAACCUACGUGCGAUGAACCACAGAAAAAAACCAAGCUCAAUCAUCAUCUUAUUCACUUGCAGCAGAACACAAACUCUCAUCAAGUCAAGUUCUAGAUUUCUAAGCAACAAGACAGGGUGCUAGUUAAUAUAUAUACGAUUAAAACCAUUUUUUUUGUAUCUUUCCUUGUACAACCGCCAAAAGAUGAUUCAAGGGGUGGAAUAAUUCGUAUGAUACGGUGAGAGUAUCUUCUCUGUGUUUGGUGGUUGGUUAACUUAUCUCCUGUAUUUCACCAAGCACUGUAUUCUGGGAUGUCCUUCCCUAUGAAAAAUGACACACCUUGAAUGAUUCCUUGGUAGCCUCCGGAACUGUAGCAGAUUUCGUCUUUUUUUGCUAUCUGAAUUUCCUUCCUGAAAGAACAUUUCAAUCUUCAUAAAGCCCCGAGCCUGUUCUUCUCUGCUAUUUUCCAUCUGAGAGGAAACCUGUCUCAGAUUAUGGCCCAGAAUUGUGACAGAGUUUGUCUGCAGAUACCAAUGCUCUGUGGAGUUCGCCUCCUUGAAAAGACGGCACGUCGGAGCUCAAGGAUUCUUGGGAGAACAGGAAGGCACCUUUUCCUCGAUGACAACGACAUGGGCAGGCCCCCUCUUCUCGUUCAGAUGGUUAAAGACUCCGACGAUCUCCAUUUCAUGUAAGGUUCCAAACAGAGCAGACCCUCCGUUUUGUCCAGGUGUCUGUCCCGGAUUGACCUCGUCGACUCACAAUCAGGUCUUCUUUCCACAGUUCUGCCCUGCGUUCUUUUAGGAGGCUUGUAGCAUACUCAAAUGUGCGCUUUGACCGUAUCCUUCCAUCUGCUAAAGAGUUGAAAUUCCCAACUCGGCAGGCCAUGAUUUGUUCUGUUUUCUGAGAUAAAAUCUUAACCCGAUUAUAAAAUAGACAUUGUUGGCUGGAACACUUCGUCGAUCCGUCAUCAAGAUGAGCGUCCAAAGGUAGACUCUGAGACUCGUCACUGUUGGAGUUUGUAUCUGAAAACUCACACUGUGUUCUGCAUCCGGCAGCUUAAGGCGCACACAAAGAUUAGCGGGUAUCGACACAUUGUGCGCGUGGAGCCCCCAAAAGCCGUCAAUAUCGAGCAGGAUGCCUCUCUGGAUUUUGACAUGAAGACCAACGAGUUGCAAGGUUUGCCUUCGAUAUGUUCUUUUGUUCUUCUUUUAUCGCUUAAAAAAAUAUGGACUGUGAUCUCCGCGUUCAUUUAUUUAUAACCUUUCGGUCACAUGGGUCAGUCUUUCAUCGCUGAGAUUUUAUUUGAGCGGUAUUGAAGCAGUGGCUCAUCUUUUUUCCAUUCAUGGCGAAUUUGGACUCCCCUUAGGAAGUUAAGCAUGCUGAAGCAGAGGUUUGGAUGAUCCACAGUAAAAAAAAGUGCAGGUUUAGGAGAGGAAUAAAAAAUGGGAGAUUCGCAUGAAAAUCUAGGCAAAAAGUUCUACACAGAAGAGAGAAUUAAAGCUUCAUCAUUUAUUGAAGUUGUAUGCAGGUUUCCAUAAAACUUCAGAACGUCUUCCAGUCAAAGAAGAGGGAAUGAAAAUCCAGAGUCAACGCUUCCAUACUUUUUCUAUCCGAGUUCAAUCACAUGAUCUAGCUAAAGUAUCAGAAAAAAUGAAAAAAACGGAAAUUGUACUAUACGUGACAGAAUUUCAGCUUAGGCAUUGAAGCAUACGUGAGGUUUUGGUGAGUUGCCAGAGCUUAAUUUUGCUGUCAGAGAACUGCAGCGAGUGACAUGGAGGCCUAGCCUGUGCCACUGUACAAGAACAUGCAAGAAAGAUGGUUAUUGUGGCCCUGGCCACUGUUUAUUGAGUUAAUGAGUCACCUUCGCCUUUGCCUGUGCAAGCUAUGAGCUGGUUUGCUAUUAAAGUGAUCGAAUAUUUAGAUAAUCAAAUUUUUGGCUCUUGGGCACAAUAAUCUGUAGUCAAGUUAUAUUCCUAAUCGAGUAAUCAGUGUAAAGAGUCUGUGUACUGAUAAUCUCGGCCUUGAAUGCUUUCCUUCAGUUACUUCUGACUGUGAUUCUUAUGUUCUUCCUCUUGUUCUGAUAUCCACAGAGGCGAUGAUCGAUUCCCUCAACAAGGUUCCAUGGGAAAGAGUAGACGUCAGCUUCCACAAAACCAUACAAAGAUUCAUGGCCCACGAAACCAUUCAGGCACGUACUUGCUUCCGAAAAUCAUACAAAGCUCUGUUUUUUCAGUAUAGUUGAACCAAUUCAAACUGACUUUCAAUAAAUAAAGAAAAAAUAAAAACAGUGUGACACAGCCGUUCGAUGCUUUUUGCUUUUUAAAUUUUUUUUUUGUGAAGCUAGUCUUGGUAGAAGAAUGCAAGAGAGAGAACCCUCUCUCUGUGCUUACAAGAGUAUAGAAAGAAUAUGUCAAGUCCAAGGAAAUAAUUGGCUUUUUAGGAUUUUUCAGUUUAAAAUAUAGGGUUUACUGGGUAACUUCAAUUCGCACCAGGGCUGGCAAGGAUUCAAUAGGCGCUUGUGAACUCACAGGAAGAUUCUCUCUUGCUUCUUCCUCUGCUGGAUGAGAGAGUUGGCAAUCUAAUUCAUCAAUUUCCUGUGCUACAAUCCUAUUAGCUAUCAGUCCUCUUUAGCAAUGGAAGAUUGUUGUAGCCAUAUGGGUAAUUCGAGGGAGCUCCUUCAGCUCUCAGCAUCCACACCAACUCACUCCUCAAAAGAAGGAUGAGCCUGGCUGCAACAGCCCAGUGAUAGCCACGGAUUUGCUCUAACAUUGCUUUCCCAUUUGAUUAAUUCUGCCUGUCGUUCCCAUAUAACCUUGGUUUUGGGUCAGAAAUUCAAUGAACUUUGCAGCCGAGGCGUUGUUCUACGUCACAGCAGCUUGAUCUUGGCACCGAGAACCCAAAGCUGAUCAAAUGACUAACCUUUUCGCCGUUGAUUUGUUCAGGUCAAGACCCGGUGCUUGAACUCAGCUGGUGCAGACGUGAUCUCCCACAUGAUUGACAAUUUCCUCCUGUGA